AGUUGCCUUGGUAACUGGCAGGAGGUGUGCCCGGGCGCGCAGGGGUUGCUGGCCUGCUCAGGUGUGCGCCUGCGGCUGCUUGAUAGCGCCGGGCCGGGCCUUGCGUGUCGCCGCCGGUUUCCCUCCUACAGUCCUGCAGGAAACAAUGUUUUAAGAAUGUCAUCAGACAUCCGAGCAAAACCAAAGACUGCAGUGCCGAAAAGUAAGACAUCUCCUUUACCGUAUUCUCCAGAAUCUGCUGUUAAACCACAGCCAAAGCCUAGCGACAAGCUGAAUCCUAAAACUAUUGAUCCAUUUGGUGCUUAUUCUCACCGGAGUUCUGCCUUUGCUGCUAUAUACGCCAAAGGUGGCAUUCCAUGCAGGUUAGUGCAUGGCUCAGUGAAGCACAAACUGCGAUGGGAAUGCCCUCCGGAAACUGUUCCCUUUGACCCUCUUCUUCUUACACUGGCAGAGGGUCUACGAGAGACAAAACAUCCCUAUACCUUUGUUUCGAUUGAGGGGUUUAAAGAAUUACUUAUGGUUGAAGGUGCUUCUGAAAAAGCAAUUCCCUUGUUGCCUCGUCUAGUUCCAGUACUAAAGGCUGCAUUGGCCCAUUCAGAUGAUGAAGUAUUUGGGAGGGGAUUGGAUGCUUUAGUUCAACUGAGUGCUGUUGUUGGUCCAUCUCUUAAUGAUCACCUUAAGCAUCUACUCACAAAUCUUUCAAGGAGAUUAAUGGACAAGAAAUUUAAGGAAAAAAUUACUAUUGCUUUACAAAAGUUGGAACUAUAUGGUGGAAAGGCAACUGUGGCUAUCAUCAAAUCUAAAAUUCCAACCUAUUGUUCUGUCGCCUCUUGAACAAGUCAGCUGUAGUGCUUUGUACUGCAAAGUGAAGUUUGGGAAGAAACUGCCUGUGGACAUCACUGCCCCUUAUUUGGUGAAUGCUAGAUUCUCUUAAGCCCAGUUCUUGAGUAUGACGAAAAGUGGGAAAAGCCCUAUCAAUCAGCUGGUAACUAUGCAAUUGUGGAAGAGUAUUUCUUAACAAUAAUUCUGUCUCUAGUGGUGGCUAUUUAUGUGUGCAUUGUGCUUACAAUGACAUGGACAAACUGGCUAUUGAAGACAGAGUAAGUAUUAAUCCUUAUUUUGUUGUAAAUGACUAUUUCCUUUAAUAUUUUUGCAGUGUUUAGUAUGUUUUUUACAUCUGUGUGAUGCAAAAUAACCUAGUAACUAGGGGAUAAGUUACAUAUGCCCACUUCUGAAACAUAACUUACUUUGUGCCAUAAUGGAUAUAGUUUGGGUUCAUCAGCACCUAAUGGAUUAGAUACAGAACUAUGAGAACUCAUCGAAACUUCUUGAUGGUCAGCUUUUAAAGGUAUGAAGGUGAACACACUGAACAGGUAGCAUAUGGUACAAAAGUAAUUAAUUUGCUCAGCACUUUCUCAGGACAUUGUUUUGAGAAGCUGGAGAGGCUCUGGAGAAUACAGUGCAGAGGCAUCAUGUUACUGCACUGAGCCCCAGCCUAGUUAGCUUUGGAUUUAGUGAAUGCAAGUUAGAUGUAGGAAGGCAACCUUGCGGUAUUUGUACUGUGCUCCCUGUGCAUUGAGUUCCGUGAUGCUACAGAUAGCUAUACUUGGGACUAGCUUGUGAAUUCAGCUUCAGACAAGCUAAUAAACUUCUCAGCAGGAAUUCUGUGAAAAAAAACACAAGUAAAAGACAACAAAAAGAUUGCAGAAGACAGCUUACCUGGCUCUCGAGCCUUGUGGGGUGCAGUGUUUGUGAAUGUCUUUGAACUUAAUUGCAAUGUAAUUUCUAACAGGUUUUGUAAUAAAUAUUGUUCAGGGUCCAUGCUGCUAUUGGCAUUUGAGCUACUCUCUGAGAGAAAGCUGCCUGAAGUAGCAAAAUUUACCAUGGAUUCUUUUCCCCUGAGGAAAGUUGUUGGAAGUGUUGGAGGUUUUUUUUGGUCAUCUGAAAAUGCUGUUGCAUAGGAUAAAAGAAAUUUCAUAGUUUUUGGAAAAAUACCAGUGCUUGGCUAAAUUAAAUUUACUUCUGACUCUGCUAAGAUCUCUGCUGGGAUCAGAGCUGUGCUAUGUCAAGAUCCUUGCGUUUAAGCUUUGGGGAAAAAAACCAAAACAACUACCCACAACACAUUUAUUGGCAAAAAUGUUACUUACAUUUCUUCAAAUUAAACAACUCCAAAAACUCAA